CGACAUGUGCAGAAGUCCUUAUAGUCCAGGGCCUGUUUCCCUGUAGCAGCUCCCUAUUGCUGGAGGAGAAAAGUGCCCCGGAUCCUUUCAGGAUUAAUUUAUUCAGGAAGGAAAUAAGAGAAAAAUACUCAACAUGCAAAAGUCUUGUGAAGAAAAUGAAGGAAAAGCACAGAACAUGCCAAAGGCUGAGGAAGACCGCCCUAUGGAAGCUGUACCACAGGAGGCAGAAAGAAAUCCUCUACCUUCUGAAGAAGGUGUAAGCCAGGAAGCAGAAGGAAACCUUAGAGGAGGGCUGACUCAGCCUGGUCAGGGAUAUAAAGAGGACACUCCGGUUAGGCAUUUGGACCCAGAAGAAAUGAUAAGAGGAGUAGAUGAGUUGGAAAGGCUUAGGGAAGAGAUAAGAAGAGUAAGAAACAAGUUUGUGAUGAUGCAUUGGAAACAAAGACAUUCACGCAGCCAUCCUUAUCCUGUGUGCUUUAGGCCUUGAAUUCUUUUUUUUUUUUCUGUCUGAUAUUAAAAUCUGGCCCCUGCUUUCUUUCUGUUAGCAUU